AUUUCCAAAUUUCCCCUCCAAGUCUCCCAAUUUCGUCAUCACCCAGAAGUGUUUCUUUUUCACAACACUCGCUCUCUCUCUCUCUCUCUGGUUUUUAUGUGUAUGUAUACACACACAGUCGUAUAGUAUCCCCGAUCACACGGCGUUAAUCACCACCCCUGACCCUCACGACCUCUCACCCGAUGGACCAGUCAGAGGAGGACGAGAUGCUGGUUCCUCGUGCUGAUUUCGUACCGGAAGGCCCUCAACAAAUGGAAGUUGAACCUAUGGAAGUAACGAAUACAGUGGAUGCCCUAGCAGUGGAUGAUCCACCUUCAGCCCAGUUUACAUGGACAAUUGAGAAUUAUUCGAGGUUGAAUAUGAAGAAGCUUUAUUCUGAAAUUUUCAUCGUGGGAGGAUACAAAUGGAGAGUGCUUAUAUUUCCGAAGGGUAAUGAUGUUGAACAUUUGUCGAUGUAUCUUGAUGUUGCGGAUUCUACAACUUUGCCCUAUGGUUGGAGUAGAUAUGCACAAUUUAGCUUGUCAGUGAUCAAUCAAAUUCAUAGCAAACUCACCGUUAGGAAAGACACACAUCACCAGUUUAAUGCUAGAGAAAGUGAUUGGGGCUUCACUUCAUUUAUGCCUCUUAAUGAACUAUAUGACCCCGGUAGAGGUUAUCUUGUGAGUGAUACAUGUGUAGUCGAGGCUGAUGUUGCUGUUCGUAAAGUUGUUGAUUACUGGUCACAUGACUCAAAGAAGGAGACAGGUUAUGUGGGUCUCAAGAAUCAGGGAGCUACAUGUUAUAUGAACUCUCUCCUCCAGACACUGUACCAUAUUCCUUAUUUCAGAAAGGCAAUAUAUCACAUGCCAACCACAAAGAAUGAUAAUCCAUCAGGAAGCAUCCCUUUGGCUUUGCAGAGUUUAUUCUAUAAGCUCCAGUACAAUGAUACUAGUGUAGCAACAAAAGAGUUGACAAAAUCUUUCGGAUGGGAUACAUAUGAUUCGUUUAUGCAGCAUGAUGUUCAAGAGCUAAAUAGAGUUCUUUGUGAAAAACUUGAAGACAAAAUGAAAAGAACUGUUGUGGAGGGUACGAUACAACAAUUAUUUGAAGGACACCACAUGAAUUAUAUUGACUGUAUCAAUGUAGACUAUAAAUCUGCAAGGAAGGAAUCUUUUUAUGAUCUCCAGCUUGAUGUCAAAGGCUGCAAGGAUGUGUAUGCUUCUUUUGACCAAUAUGUGGAAGUGGUACCCCUUGAGGGUGACAAUAAAUAUCACGUUGAGCAAUAUGGUUUGCAGGAUGCCAGGAAGGGUGUCCUGUUCACCAAUUUCCCACCUGUUCUCCAGCUUCAGUUAAAAAGAUUUGAAUAUGAUUUUAUUCAGGAUACUAUGGUAAAGAUUAAUGACCGUUAUGAGUUCCCUUUGCAACUUGAUCUUGACGUUGAGAAUGGAAAAUACAUGUCUCCUGAUGCAGAUAGGAGUGUUUGCAACCUCUACACGCUUCACAGUGUUUUGGUUCACAGCGGUGGGGUGCAUGGUGGACAUUAUUAUGCUUAUAUCAGGCCAACCCUUUCUGAUCAGUGGUUCAAAUUUGAUGAUGAACGUGUAACCAAAGAAGACAUGAAGAGAGCAUUGGAAGAGCAGUAUGGUGGUGAGGAAGAGUUACCACAGACAAACCCUGGAUUCAAUAAUUCACUAUUCAAAUUUACAAAAAAUUCAAACGCAUACAUGCUUGUGUAUAUACGUGAAAAUGACAAGGAUAAAAUAAUUUGCAACGUGGAUGAGAAGGAUAUUACAGAACACCUGAGGAUAAGAUUGAAGAAAGAACAAGAGGAAAAGGAGCAAAAGAGAAAGGAAAAAGCAGAGGCACACCUCUACACUAUCAUUCAGAUUGCUCGUGAUGAGGACCUAGUUCAGCAGAUUGGCAGGGAAAUAUACUUUGAUCUUGUGGAUCAUGACAAAGUUAGCACUUUUCGUAUUCAGAAACAGCUGUCUUUUUAUCAUUUUAAGUCUGAGGCUAUUCCAGUUGGGGAGGUUAAUAAUGUCGAGGAGCUGGAUGAUAUAUUGGGUUGUAAGGUUGCGCAGUUGCCAAUGUCAUAUCUAGGACUCCCAUUAGGGGCACGAUUUAAAAGUACCCAUAUCUGGAAUGGUAUUGUGGAAAGGAUGGAGAGAAGGUAUAUCCGACGGGGAUGGAGUGCAUUUUUGGACAAACUGAAGUUUGUGGUUGGAAAUGGUAAUGAGAUUAAAUUUUGGGAUGAUUGUUGGUGCGGAGAUCAACCGCUGAAGGAGAGAUUCCCUUCUUUGUAUCGUAUUGCCUCAGUGUCCACUGCCAUGGUGAGUGAUUCCUUAGACAUUCAUAAUGGGAGUUAUAGUUGGAAUAUAACUUUUGGGAGGGAUCUUCAGGAUUGGGAAUUGGAAAAUUAUUCACUAUUUAUGACCAUUUUACAUGAGGCCCAAAUUCGAAUUGGAGAGAGGGAUUGCAUCAGGUGGAGGAUAGCACAGGAUGGCAUUUUUUCGGUUUGCUUGUACUUUGGUUCCCUCAUGGGAUGUGUGAAUAAUUCAUUCCCAUGGAAGUUGGUUUGGCAGUGUAAAUUGCCUCCUCGGGUGGCAAUCCUAUUGUGGACAGUUGUGAGGGGACAGGUCUCAACGGUAGAUAAUCUUCGUCGUAAAGGCUUUUAUGCAACCGAGUGGUGUUAUAUGUGUAAGAAGGAUGGGGAGACAAUUGAUCAUUUGUUCAUUCAUUGUGAUGGUGUACGUUGGAUUUGGAACAGUAUAAUCAGUUCACAAUCUAUGGAUUGGGUGAUGCCUCAUCGUAUAGAGGACGUGAUACGGGCAUGGCGUAGAAAACUUCGGGAUAAAGAUAGCAAACUAGUAUGGCACCUUAUCCCGGGUUGUAUUGUUUGGUGCGUGUGGAGAGAAAGGAACAACCGUUGCUUCGAAGACCAAACAAAGACAAGAGAGCAGAUAAGAGAAACAUUUUACUUUACCUUGUAUUCUUGGUUUAAUGCUGUGGCUAGAAAUCCUGUAGAUGGGUGGCCUAAUUUCAUGUCUUUCCUUAAUAGCUUAAAGGUUGGUAAUUAUUUUGUGGCUGAAUUUGGAGAAAGAUGUUAUCUUCUGUUCCAUCAUGUUAUCAAGAAAUGUGAUAGAACAUAUGUUGGAUAUGCAGCAAGAGGUUUUACCAUUUAUGUGUGUAUUUAUGCUUUUAACAAGAGUUGCUUUUUAAACGUGAAGCAAUGGUGGUUGAUUGAUUUUGUGUGCAUUUACAAUUUUUUGUCCUUAAUUUGCAUUCAGGUUGGACAAUUGAGAGAAGUAUGCAGCAAAGCAAAUAAUGCUGAGCUAAAAUUGUUCUUGGAAGUAGAACAUGACUUGGAUUUGCAGCCUAUCCCUCCUCCCGAGAAAACUAAGGAGGAUAUUCUUCUGUUCUUCAAAACUUAUGAUCCCAUCAAAGAGGAGCUGCGGUAUGUUGGACGGCUUUUCGUGAAAGUCAAUGGUAAACCAACAGACAUAUUGAUAAAGCUUAAUGAAAUGGCUGGCUUUGCUCCCAAUGAAGAAAUUGAACUCUUUGAGGAAAUCAAAUUUGAACCUAACGUCACGUGUGAAUAUGUUGACAAGAAGCUAAGUUUCUGUGGCAAUCAGCUUGAAGAUGGGGAUAUCAUUUGCUUUCAGAAAUCCCUUCAAAGUCAAAGCAGUGAACAAUAUCGUUAUCCAAUUGUCCCUGCAUUUUUGGAUUAUGUGCGUAAUCGCCUGGUUGUUCACUUUCGUUCAUUGGAGAAACUCAAGGACGAUGAAUUCUGUUUGGAGCUUUCAAAGCAGAACAAUUACGAUGAAGUCGUAGAAAGUUUGGCUCGCCAUCUUGGCAUGGAGGAUCCAUCUAAAAUCAGGCUUACACCGCAUAACUGCUACUCACAACAACCUCAACCUCAACCAAUAGAGUACCGUGGAGUGGACCGUCUUACAGACAUGCUUGUUCAAUAUAAUCAGAUUUCGGAUAUUUUGUAUUAUGAAGUGUUGGAUAUUCCUUUGCCAGAACUGCAAGGCCUCAAAACUCUUAAAGUUGCUUUUCAUCAUGCCACCAAGGAUGACGUGGUUAUUCAUACCAUAAGGUUACCUAAACACAGUACUGUGUGGGAUGUCAUUAAUGAUCUCAAGACCAGGGUUGACUUGUCUCAUCCUGAGGCUGAAUUGAGAUUGCUGGAGGUUUUCUAUCACAAGAUAUAUAAGAUUUUCCCUCAUCAUGAAAAAAUCGAGAAUAUAAAUGAUCAAUGCUGGACGUUACAUGCAGAGGAGGUAACGGCGUUGUUCAAAUUUUAUUUGCAACAAACAAUUCCUGCAAACCAGCAACUUGACUCAUUUCUAAAAGCACUGGAUGACAUGCCACUUGACAACCUAUAUAAACUUGUUGACUCUGUAUUAAACACGCAAUACGGUGAAACUUUGGCUGAGGUUAAAGUACGCAUUCAGAAGAAGUUGCAGGUUCCAGAUGAGGAGUUUUCCAGGUGGAAGUUGGCAUUUUUGAAUUUUGGUCGUACCGAGUAUCUUCGAGACACUGACAUUGUAUUAAGUCAUUUUCAGAGAAGAGAUGUUUACGGUGCUUGGGAACAAUACCUUGGAUUAGAGCAUUCUGAUAAUGUUCCGAAACGGUCUUAUGCUGCCAGACAGAACCGGCAUACAUAUGAGAAACCAGUUAGAAUCUGCAAUUAGUAAAUAUUCAUGAAAUUAAAGCACACCUGAACUGCAAAGCUUCAUCAGCUGUAGGGGUUUCGAACACUGGGGAGUAAAUUAGUAAGGAAAGGCAAUAUAUGUGCAGCUAGAGUUACAGUUGAUUUGCAAUUCCUUUUCUACAAAGUUGGUGUAGCAUAUGCAGCCUGUCAAUAUUCCGUACCUAGCCGCUUUCUCGAGCACCUCACAAUUGUGUUGAGGGUAUUCAGGUGGAAAUUCAACUUGGUUCCCUUGUAAAAAUUUUGGAUGGGGAUGUAUAGAGGGGUAUAGACACAUUUUUAACUUCCUCCCUCCUCCUGUAUUUUUAUUUUAUUUUUGCUCUCCCAAUUUGGUGAAUGUUAGGUGAAGAGAGAGGAGAAAUGUAUAUUGUUGACUUACCAUUUGCUCAAAUAUUUCUAAUUCAUUCUUUUUUCUCCAUAAUAAUCAAUAACAGUGUGAGGAUUUCUCAGCUUAGCAGCA